AUGGGGAGAACGCCCUACCGCCUGGGCCUCAGCUCAGGCUUCCCAGGGGCCCAGCAGGCACAGGACCUCAGGACUCAGCCUCCAGCUGAGUCCGUGGGGCCGGCCCCACCCCACACGAACCGCCGGAUCCCCGAGGGUUCGCGAUCCCGCAGGUCCGCGCUGGGGUCCCCAAGCGGCCGCGCCGCGCCCCACCCGCCGGGCACACUCACCUGCGCCGCCGCCGCCCUGCGCGCUCCCGGCUCGGCCCUCCGCAAACUCCGGCCGGGCCUCUCCCGCAGCGGCGGCUGGAGGGCGGGGUCGGCGCCCGCGUCCAGCCAAUCAGGAGCGGCCGUCCGAAGCUCGCGGCCAAUCCACAACGCGCCUUCCCGCUUUGGGUGGAUCCGACGGACACAUUCCAGAGGGAUCCCUCCGCCUCCCCCGACUCAUCAAGAACCCCCUCACCGCGGCUCAGUGGACCUUCCCACCCCGCCUAAGCCGCGGUGGACUGUACCACUGCACCUCACUGAGGGGGAAGCUGUGGCUGGACCGCGGCCAAUCGCGGGGAAGAAAGGAGACAAGCCACCAAUGGGAAGCUGGGGUCCCUGGGCCACGUGCAGUUGGCUAAGCGUCCGCGGUGGUUUGGCUUGUAACCGGGAUUUCUCAGGCGGGAGCAGGUCCAAGAAACAAAGACAGAAACGCACCUCCCGCAGGGCUGGACGCCCAGUUCCAGAAACAAGGUGAGAUUUCCUAGUUCUACUUCAAA